CUGGCCUCGACAAAUUGUUUACAUUCUAAACUUUACAGCACCGGACGACUCUUAUCCGCAGUCUGAUAUUUAACCAGCGUCGGUCCUGAAAAAAAUUCAUCUCACACACCAUGGCAUACAGAGCAACGAAAUCUGGUCUAGCGGCCGAGGCCCAAGGAAAGAUCCGCGGUAAAUAUGACCAGGGCGAGGCCCAGAAAGCUCUGACCUUCAUCAGUCAGAAAAUCGGGGAGGGCUUCAGUACAUCCGGGGACAUGGACAACUUCCAGAACCAACUCAAAGACGGUGUCAAGCUCUGCAAAUUGGUAAACGCCUUGAAACCAGGUUCCAUCCCAGAAAAGAAAUACGCCACACCCCCCACGAUGUCAUUCAAACAGAUGGAGCUGAUCGGAUUGGCUAUUGACAAGAUGAAGCAGCUAGGAGUCCCCGACCACGAAAUGUUCCAGACGGUAGACUUGUACGAGGGUCAGAAUCUCCACCAGUGUGUUAUCGGAAUCGGUGCCCUGGCCAGAAAGAUGGGCGCAUAUGGACCCAAAGAAGCAGAUGCUAACAAGCGAGACUUCACAGAGGAACAGCUUAAAGCGGGACAGAAUAUUAUCGGUCUUCAAAUGGGAACAAACAAAGGUGCUAACCAAUCCGGAAUGAACAUAGGAAACACCCGACACAUAGUCGACUAAUUGACUUCUUAACUUCCUGUGCACGAUACGUAAUUUGCAACUCAGCAAUUUUUUAACCUCAGCAGAUCCGCUGAAUAUAUUAGACUUUUUUCGAGUAUGGUGACAGCAAAACAUGGAUAAAGGUGAUUUUAUUGCUCACGCAAGCGCAAAAAGUAUAAGUUUAACCAAAUAAUGCGUUUAAAUACCAUUUGUUUAUCGUGCUACAUGUAUUUAUUUUUUACAUGCAAUAAGAAGGGCAAUGACAGGGACCAAUUGAUGACGUCAGUCAUUUACGUCAUUUACCAUUUUGUUAUUUAGUAAUUUACAUUAUUGUUUACAUGGUUUAUAUAAUAAACUUUUUUAUACAUCAGC